GGUCUCUGCAGAGUUUGGAGCCUCGCGCUGGAGGGGAGGUGGGGCUGGCAGGUGCAAGGUGCUCACUGGAGCGUGGUUCUAUGCAGGUGCUGGCUGAGCCCUGGCGUCUCUCCACCAGUCAGACUCCCCAGCAACAGAUCAAAAUGUUUGAUAUGGAGAAGAAUCAGGAUCUCGUCUCCUCCGGUGGCGGCUUCGGCCCAGUGGCUGACGACGGAUACGGCGUCUCUUACAUCAUUGCUGGCGAGAACCUGAUCACCUUCCACAUCUCCAGCAAGUUCUCCAGCCCCGAAACGGACUCCAGACGGUUCGGGAGGAACAUCCGCCAGGCCAUGCUGGACAUCGCAGACCUCUUCAAUGUUCCUGCCAACAAGGUGGCCAACUGACCCCGCGCCAUGGGAGGGGCGACGGCCCCUAUGCUGGAGACGCGUGAGGCUGGCCCCAGGGCGGAGGGCGUGGCCCCAGAACACCGGGCGAGCUGCCGGGGCUGCCCCUCCAGUGCCAGCGCUCGCCCUGCGGUGGGUCCCUGCCAGUCAGAGCCCACCCAGCCAACCACGGGGACCUGGGGACGCACAAAGCCGUGGGAGCGAGUGCGGGAGAUUUCCUCCCUCAAUGUUACCGAUAAAGAAGGCUCUUUGUGUAAUGCCAACCUGGCUGCCGGGUGAUGGACUCCGCCCGGAACCGGGGGGGACAGGCAGAGGGAAGCCCCUGGGGAAAGGUGGGCAAGCAUCCCCCACGCCACGGGCCAGGGGAAUGAGAGUCGGGGAACACGGCCAGCCCGGGCCUAGCUACCACGUCCUGAUGGCCAAGGGGA